CAACCAAUAUAUAAUUAAUCCUUGGAUUCGAUGUGCAUGUCACUUUCACAAAACCAAACCAAAGCCUAUCCUAAAACACUUCCAUUUUCUUUCCACAGAUUAACACCUUAUGGAGUACCAACUCCCACAAAAUCCACCCACCAACACCAAAACUCAUAAGUCGACACCUCCUAUUCCAACAUACACUAACAACUACUGCUCUUGCUUCUUCUGCAUCAUCAUGUCUGAAACAGUUCCUCCCCUCAGAAGAGCGAAAAUCGCUCGCUACUUCAAACAAAUGCCUCUCACAGACGACCAAGAACACAUCCUCGCGUUAAGUGGCCUCUGGAAAAUCGCCAUAACUAACCCCAAUGAUCCAGAGUUUCCUUCCCUUGGUAUCUUCAGAUGCAUGGCCAAACUGAUUCAAAAAGGAGUGAAUCACAAAGAUUGGCUUCUUAGGGGUCAGAACAUGUAUAUCCCUUAUUAUGCAGCGCAUAUCAUUGGUUCUUACACCAUGAACAAAGCCAAGUUCGCUGAUAAAGCUGUUAAGUUCAACGUGGUUCCGCCGCUGAUGGAGCUUCUCCGUGGCAAGAUUAGUUGGGUUGAGCAAAGAGUUGCACUUCGCGCACUGGGUCAUUUGGCCAGCCAUGAAGCAACUUUUGAAGCCGUUUCGGAACACGAAGCUGAAGUGGUAGAAGCAGCCAUUAAAAUAGCUUCCACGUGCCUAAAAGAGGUGUUUGAAAAGUUCGUUGUGUUGAAGGAAUCGGAGAGAUUGGAGUACCACAGAAACUUGCUCACAAGAGGGCAUGCAGACUUGGAAUUAGAGAACAGAAAAGCAGAAGAAUGGGCCAGCCAGCUCCAGUGUUGGUCUCUCUACCUCCUUGAUUGCUUUGCAUGUAGAGAAAGAUCUAUGGGACUAAUCUGCAAAAAGAAAUUCUUGAAGGACUUGUGUGGAAUGUGGGGUGGUUUAGCAAACCCAACAUCACCUUCUGGAAUAGGACUUCUCAGUACUCUGUGUGGCACCCAAAUAGGGAGAGAAAGUGUUGCAGAUUUGGAAGAAGUUGUAGUGAAUCUUUGUAAUGUGUCAAGAUCCUCAGAUGAUAGGCAACACAUGGCAAUCGAUAGUCUCUUGCAACUUCUCAGAGAUCCAGUUACAAGAUAUAAAGUAAUAGACACCACUGUUCCAGUUCUUGCUGAUUUGGUUGAGCUAAGAAGUUUGGGAGGGAAACCCAACGUUGGACAAGAAAUCAUGCAAACUCUCUUACAGGAUUACCACAAAGUCAAGUUUGGUGAGCUGAAGUUGAAGAGUGAAAAAACCAAGAGAGCAUUAGAAGAGUUAUGGGACUUGAAGGUGGAAAGGGUCAAAAAACAAAGCCUAAUGAGUGAGCAAGAAAUAAGAGAAAAAGAAGUGUUGGCAGGUAUUUUGAAACAAGAAGGGAAUCGUGAAUUUGGGUCAAGGGAGAUUGAAAAGGCUGUGGUGAAGUACACAGAGGCUUUGGAUUUGUGUCCAUUAAAGUCUAAGAAAGAGAGAAUAGUGCUUCAUAGCAAUAGAGCUCAGUGUCACUUGCUUCUUAGAGAUCCAGAAGCUGCACUUAGUGAUACAACUCGAGCACUGUGUCUAUCGAGUGUGGCGAGAACUGCGUGUCUUCAUAGCAAGAGUUUGUGGAGAAGAUCACAGGCUUAUGACAUGAAGGGGCUCGCCAAGGAGAGUUUGAUGGAUUGCUUAAUGUUCAUUAGCAAUCGAUUUGGGUCUUCUACACAGAGAAAGGGAUUCAAGAUCCCACACUACGCAGCACGAAUGGUUAACAAACAGAUGAACGCCACGUGGCUCUUUGCUUCAGCCAAGUCGAGUUGGAAAAAAGUUGCUCGCGAAGAAGUGAAAGAAUUUAUGGUCCAAAAUAAAAUUGAUUCUCUCAGGUUGAGGAAGAAAACGAGGAGGAGAACAUCGUAAUUAAGGUUGAGUCGUUGUAGAAGGGUGUUGUUUGGUGUCUGGAAAAAUUGUCUUGUGUUGUUUCCCGUGUUGUGGGAUAGUGAUAUGGUAUGUAAAAGCUCAUGCAUGGUACUGUUGAAUAGUUAUUGUACCGGCGAGGGGUAGGUAUUCGGUACACUUGUUAGACGGACAUACAUGAUUACAUACUUAAUAUGGUUAUUUAUUUAGGAAAAAUAAGCAUUUCACAGUUAGAGCCUUAGAGGAUAUAUAUACAUGUAUCCGUAACAAAAAAAAAAGAGAUUUUUCUUUCUUCA